AUGUGGGAUACUAAGAGGGACGAAGCUGCCCCCACGGCAAAGAGAAGAAAGUUGAACGCUGACUCGGAUGUCGGUGCAAAACCAAGCACGUCUGGCGCUGGUACCAGUCUGAAAACUUUACCACCGGUGGAGGUUGGUAGUGUUCCGCGUGAUUCAGAUAUCAGCAUUGACAUUGAAAGAGAAAACACGGAAAGCAGUUUAUUACAAUACUUAGCAGAGCUGGUCCGGCUGUUCAUGUACCUUGAGGAGAAGGACAAGUUUUUUGACACUCAUCGCCGCCUAUUUGCGAAGCGCCUGAUGUCGCACCAUGACGAGCACUUAGAAACAUCAUUCAUCAGCAUGAUCAAGGAGCAAAUGGGUCAGUUUUACACACAGCGUCUCAGUGGGAUGCUACAGGACAAAUUAGCCAGCAAUACGAUGCAGAAAGCGUUUCAGAAGUAUCUUGUGGAACGGCGCGUGGAAUGCAGGAAGCGAAAGGAGGAAGUCUUGGUACCCUUCACAGAUGGCAUCCUUGACGAGGAUACCAUUCCCCCGGCGGACAGUAUUUUAGAAAGAGGCGGCCUUGAGGGGAUGGCAGACAGGCUGCUCGGAACCAGUCUUGCCCGUGCCACUCUACCCACUCACAGCAGUGCUGACACAGGUGCAAUUGUCCCAUCAGAUGCAAAUCCCGCCAUUGGGUUUUCUAUGCUUCUUAACGUCGCGAACUCUCACACAGAAAAGGGCAGAGCAGAGCAGAGGGAACGAAACGUGAAGAGUAUUGACGAAAACAUUCUGAAGUUUGAAGAAGCUCUCGGUAUUGACUUCAAUGCGCAUGUCCUCAAUGCCUUGCACUGGCCAUCAGUAGAAGUCGCGAAGCUUCGGCUCCCGCCAUUGUUGCUAGCCUGCCAGGAACUGUUUUCCGACUUCUACAUGCGCGACAAGGAGACGAGAAAGCUGUCAUGGAUCCAUGCAUUAUCGGUUGUGAACCUUGUUGGUACUUUCAGUGGAAUGGGGUACACUUUUGUUGUGUCGACGUUUCAAGCUUGCAUCCUGCUGCUCUUCAAUGACAGUGAUCGCAUACGUGUCGUAGACGCACGUAAGAUGCUGAACCUGUCACUGGAGCAGUUAUGUCAUCACAUCAAGCCGUUGCUUGUCAGCCGAAAGUGCAGAGUAUUGAGGCUUGAAAGACGGCCAGCAAACGAGACCACAGAAACUUUUGCUACCGUGAACAGGCCAAAUGAGAAGUCGAAAAUGAACUCGACUAACAUUUACCCAAUACCCAAUAGCGGUCGCCUGUCAUUCGCUCCUCAGGUUAUGCAAUGUCAAGCAGUCUCGGAUGAUUCGGGUCGGCCUGCCACCGACGUUUUAGCUCCGAAGUCAUCAGAGGCCAAUACAUAUCAUGAAGGUGGUCCCGAAAGAACUGCCGAUGGCGAUAGAGCGCAAUCUACUGAAGCAAGGUCCAUAGCAAUAGGACCUGACGCCAAUCAGGGAGACGGCAAUGAGUCCGAGAGCUUCGUAAAUACGACACACCCAGCACCCCCGGGGGCGACUGCCCCCGCACAGGUUCAGCAGGCCAAAGAGGGUACCGCAAGUGCUUCAGAGAUAAAUACAGGUAGCGUUGAACCGCGCGGUGAGUCUGCAAAGGAAGGCGAAAGCGACUCUCCGAAGAACACGCAAACAGAAAGGAGCCAGGCAGACGCCAGAUUCAUGCAAGAAGGAGAUAUACUACAUAUUAACCUCGGUUUCAAGUCAAGGCUGCACCGAGUAGUUGUUCCAGCAAGUAUCCCGAAGGUGGCUAGUGCAAACACGACUACAAGCAAGAAACAUGUAGUGGUUGACCGCAGCACGCGAGUAGAUGCAGUAUUGGUGAAGAUCAUGAAAACGAAAAAGGAGUUGACGCACGCCGCGUUAAAUAAUCUUGUGGUGGAAGCUCUUGCUCCAACGUUCUUACCGGAUCCGCGGCUGAUCAAAAAGAGACUGGAGCGAUUGAUUGAACAGGAGUAUGUGGAGAGGGACAAGGAUGAUCCCCGUUUGUACAGAUAUGCAUCAUGA